CAAUUUGAAUUAUGAAUAAAUAUUUCCUCCAUACACAUCGGUUAUGUAAUCGCUGACAACCGGGACAAUUUCAUAGUGGUUGGUGUAAACCGGGAUAUUUUAGCGUCCCGACACAGCUUUUGUCGGGACUCGGGAUUGUCCCGGUCAAACCGGGAGGUUUGGUCACCCUACAUGACACAUAGCCUAGUGUUGGCAGAAGGUUUAAAAAAAUAAACUACUUAUCAAGCUGUCAUUUGCCGGCAGGCAGGGUGUACGUAUUCAGAUGAAGACUUCAUCACACGACGGAACAGAUUAGCAAACGUUAGCGGGUAGCUAGCUAGCUAACUAACUAACUAGUAACACUCACCUUUGCUUUGAUUAUGAAGAUAUUCCUGUUUUUCACCUCUCAUACGACAGCGUUGUUAACCCAUCCACUCUUGAAAAAAAGAUAGCUAUCUGUACUUUUGUAGGCUUUCAUUUUUUGUGCGGUGUAAGGUGACGGAUUCUCUAUAAGAUAGAUGUAAAUAUCUCCAAACUCCAAGUCUGGUAGAGACUUUGCCUGCUUCAAAGCAAUGAAAAAAUCAGCGGGUGCUGUGUAUGGAUCACAAGUUCCGAGUGACAUAUAAUGUGACAUAUGUUCUAAAUAGUUGAUUGAUUGUAGUAUUGGAAAUCUGCAAGGCUGCAGUUCCCGUGACUGGCCACUGUUCAUCGCCAUUCUAUCGACGUUUCUUGCCCGCCAGGUAUCCAUGGUUCAUCCGCUGGGUUUUAUGAAAAAAGUGAGUGCUAUGGCAAAUUUUUGAGAUUCCCAUUUACUUAUACACCACCUCGUUUCAAUGGACAGUUGUACUUCACUCCGAAGAAUGGUGGAUCCAGGAAGCUAGUGAUGGAUAAGGAUGAGGCAAAGGACCCACGCCUCCAAAUUUCCAUUGGCUCAGUUGUACUCACAGAUUUGACAGAAAGAGAUGAGGGAACUUUUUCUGUCUCAAUUGAUGAUGCUAUGCCAUACGAUAUUAUCAAACUGGAAAUUUUGGAUUGUGCUUACCAAGUGUAUUGGACUUACGGGAGCCCAUAUUCCUCUGUUGCUCCUACACAGACUGAAUACAUAGAAUUCCUUCCCUUUUACAGUGAGGACCUGCCGAGGGUCCUGUGGAAUCUCACCGACCCUCAGGCCAAUAAGGGAAGCAGAUUGCAGAUGAAGGGUUCUAUCUGGAAGAUUAAGAGUCUCAAUCAGGCAGAUGGCGGCUACUACAACUUCAGAAAAAAAGACAAAACAGUGCUAUCUAGGUUAAAGAUUGUAGUAGGAGUGAACGACAGACGCUAUUAUACAAAGGUGAAUGAACGGUUCGUCAUCGAAACUCCUUCGCUCGAUGCCACAUGGACUGUGACUUUUACACCGGCAGGGGAAGUGGAAAAGAACAAAUUGAUGGAAGAAGGCAAUUUGGUCACAGACGAUAGGAGGAUUCGGAUCAUGCAUAAUGGCAUAGAGAUUGAUCCUGUAAAUAUCAUAGACUCUGGCACCUUUGAGUUCAGAGAUCAGCAAGGCUACCUGGCCCAGAUUGUGGAACUGAGGGUAGAAGAUGAACCUCCUCCUUCCGUCCUUCAUCCAUAUGGUUAUAUUGCGAUCAUUGGCGGGAUUAUCUUUGCGGUGGUUGUCUGCUGUUGCUGUGUGAAAAAGUGCUGUUGUAAAAACAGCUCUUCCAAAAGGCACGAGUCUGCUCCUGAGACUGGAGCAGCACCUGCUGUGUAUUACCAUGAUUUGAUUGAACCUGCAGGCCCAAGUUACUCUGCUGCACCUGUGCCAGAUAACUCUUAUCAGCCAAUGAAUUCCCUUGUUUCUGGAGAACAUACAACUACCUCCCUUGAGCCAUCGGUUGAACCUCUAAGAGGGCAAGAGGGCGAGCCAGCUCCUACACUCGGCUCUGAUUUUCUCUCCUCAGACCCUGUGCCAAAGUUUGAGGUCAAAGGACUGUCCAUUCCCUCUGCACUCCCCCUCGUUUCAGACUCAACUUUCUGUGAUGUUUACACCUCAGAUAAACUCAACUUUCUGUAAGGAGUACACGGUAAAUUCAAGUGAUGCAGAGUAGAAUUUGGGAAUACAGCCAUUUCAGUGUUUCAUUGCGUGAAAAAAUAAAGUUCCUGCAAACUUGCAAAGGCGUGGUAAUAGGUGUACAGAAAAAGGACCAUGUAUUCCUGUUUAAUAUGGAAUAUAAAUGUGUUUUAUAAACUCAGGUAAUAAUUAAAGUACAUAACUUACACUUUAUGCUGCUGCCAAAGAUAUCAAAGAAAGGGGAGACAAUGUUACAAUGAGGACUGGAAGUGAGUCUAGAAAUCUAGACACAACGGCAGCAAAUGUAAUUUGCAGCCAGCACCAACAUCUUGAUGUGGGUCUGGCUUCUCAGGCUAGACUUCAUGCUAAUUGAAUAGACUUCAACACUCAUGGAGAUCAAAAUGCGACACUCAGCAAUUUAAACUACUGUCACCAGCUUUACUUAUAUAUUCUUUUUCAUUUGGUUGUUUCAAACCCUUAUGCCUUCAGCCUCAUAUAUAGCAACUUUGUUGUGUGGCUUUUAUCAUUACAUUCUAGAAAUGAUAUAUGAUAUUAUUUUUGUCUUCAUGCUUUGUAUUAAUUUCAAGUAUUACACAAGGAAAUGUCAUGUUUUGAAGAGCUUUUUCCAUCCUCCUUGCAGCUUUGAUAAACUACCUUGAUCAUUAUGCCAUGUAAUCAAAUUGUAAUAUUUGAUACAAAUAUAAGAUAUGUAACUAUACUUACUUUUACAUUUUUAUGCCUCUGCGCCGACGACAGCAGUGGCCUGAGGCAACUUCACUGUGACAUCUAAAUGAUCUGCAAAAAAACGUUUCUGGUAUUUUUCAACGCCAUAACUCAGGAGGGGAGAUUGUGACCAUAUUUAACAUUUGGUCCAAUUCCGGGGUGGUGACACUAAUCUCGGGUACCCACCUUGAACCUAACUUCAUGUUGGUGGUUAAAGGUAUUGAAAACCUUUUUCUUAGCAAUGGGGAGUGAACGUGAAUAUACUAUUUACAUCUAAAGUUGGUACUUUUUUGUUGUUUGCCAAGAAAGAUGUGUUUUUCCUGUUGUUUUGACUUUCUGACUUCUUCAUUUGAAUUGUAAGGGCUAACUGUUGAAUAAAGAUAAUGUCACAUUAUCAGUCAGAGUGCUGACUGUUGAA